AUGUUCAAAGCUCUACCCAUCCUCCUGCUGGUAGUGGGAGCCUACUGCCAAGGCAAUGGGGACUUGGACUCCGUGCUUAACCAGAUAUUUGGGCCCCCACCCAGCAAUAACAACCAGACUCCUAAACCGCAAGCUUCUACCAUUGUGCCACCCAUCCAGAACCAUAGUGGAGGAGCCGAGGAUGAGGACCUGUCCUGCAAGCUGCCUGACGGACAGGAGGGAGAGUGCGUCAGCUACUAUCUCUGUAACGUAAACAAUAACACCGUCAUCACGGACGGAGUCGGCGUCAUUGAUAUUCGUGUGCGCGAUGGCCCUUGUGCAUCGUACAUUGACACCUGCUGCCUGGUCCCCGACAAGAGGCCCCCAGACCAGCCUGUGAAGCCCCUGCCCAAACCUGAUCAGCCCCAGCGUGAAGGAUGCGGUUGGGCGAACCCUGACGGAGCUGAUCUCCGUACCACUGGUGAGGCCAACGGCGAAACCAAAUUCGGAGAAUUCCCGUGGAUGGUGGCUAUCCUCAAAAUUGAGCCAGUGAACGAGAAUGAGCCAGAAGGUCAGAAACUCAACGUGUACGUCGGCGGUGGAUCACUGAUCCAUCCCAGCGUAGUGCUCACAGCUGCCCACUACGUCGCCAGCGCUAAGGCAUUGAGGAUCAGAGCGGGAGAGUGGGACACACAGAGCACGAAGGAGAUCUAUCCGUUCCAAGACAGAGAUGUCGCUUCUGUAGUGACACAUAAAGAUUUUAAUAAAGGAAACCUCUUCUACGACAUCGCAGUACUGUUCUUGGCUCAGCCAGUGGACCUGGCUCCUAAUGUAGGUGUGGCAUGCCUGCCGCCUCCCAAACAACGCCAGGACGAUGGCACCCGGUGCUUCGCCACUGGAUGGGGUAAAGAUAAAUUCGGCAAGGAAGGACGGUACCAAGUUAUUUUGAAAAAGAUCGAGCUGCCAGUAGUGAAACACGACAGAUGUCAGACAGCUCUUAGAAAGACGCGUCUAGGAAGAUUCUUCCAGCUUCACUCCUCAUUCAUGUGCGCUGGUGGGGAACCAGGGAAGGAUACCUGCAAGGGAGACGGCGGUUCUCCCCUGUCCUGUCCUAUUGAAUACGAAAAAGACCGUUACGUUCAAAGCGGUAUUGUAGCCUGGGGUAUCGGAUGCGGGGAAGAUGGAACUCCUGGAGUCUACGUAGACGUAUCAGUCCUGAGAGAUUGGAUCGACGACAAGGUGGUCGGCAAAGGAUACGACCCUAAAACAUACACUUAUUAA